AUGUUGUCUAACCACCGUUGCAGCGGCGCCGUGGAUGCCCAGGGCAGGGUUUUCGUGGAUGGCCGUGAGUACCCCAUGGCGUCCAGUAUUAUCGCCACGGAGGACGUGAUCCAGAGCAAAAUCAAGGCCAUGGCACAGACCAUCGCGAAUGACUACAAGCUGCUCACUCACCGGGACUGCCGUCUUCCGCCCAACGUGGCGACCGGCAUGGAGACGGUUGUAUCGGAGGCGCCGAUCAGCUACGACAACCCGCUCAUCAUUGUAUCCGUUCUCAAGGGCAGCUAUAUCUUCACAGCCGACUUCAUCCGCUACCUCGGCGACUGUGGCCUACCACACGUUGUCGACUUUGUUCGCUUAACUUCGUAUAACGAUGGUACACGGAGCACUGGGAGGGUCGCGAUGCUGUCGGGUCUUAAGUUCGAGAAUCUACGCGGCAAGCACGUGCUGAUCGUCGAGGACGUAUGCGACUCGGGGCGUACGCUGCACUUUCUGCGCACCAGUAUCAUCGAGAAGUAUCAACCCAAGAGUAUCAAGACGCUCGUGAUGGUGAACAAGGAGGCAGCGGCGCGCAAGGUAGACUUUGAACCGGAGUAUGCCUGCCUUAGCAGCCCCAACAAGUACAUUAUCGGCUAUGGAUUUGAGGUGAACGAUCGCUACCGUGAUCUGCGUCACAUCUUAAUUCUUCGAGACGGUGAGGCGACUCGCUAUCCCGCUAAGCUCUGA